AUGAGGGGUUCUGUGCAGACACUCCUGCAGCAGAUGCAAGAUAAAUUUCAGACCAUGUCCGACCAGAUCAUUGGAAGAAUUGAUGAUAUGAGUAGUCGCAUUGAUGAUCUGGAGAAAAACAUCGCAGACCUCAUGACACAGGCUGGGGUGGAAGAACUGGAAGGAGAAAACAAGAUACCUGCCACACAAAAGAGUUGAAGGUUGCUAAUUACCCUGAAAUCUGGAACACCAUUUUUCCAAGCCAAGAGAAGACUGAAUGGCUUUUUGCAACUAACUACUACUAAGUGUAGACAGGUUUUAUAUUAUAGUGCAUUCUUAUCACAUAUAAUAAGUUUUUAGAGUGAUUUUUCUCUCCAGUUUCUGGAAUAUGGUAUCUUCACAUCUUGAAACUUGGUCAGUUGUGCUCUUAAUUAUUAAACACUAAAAUUUUGGCAGUUCCUGCAUAAAAUUGUCAAACUUUUUAGUGUAUUUUUGUGAAGUCCUUUUUUCCUGCCAUUCUUUUGUAGUAGUUGCUGUUUGAUAAAAGUUGCUGUAUAAUUUUUUAUUAGAUAAGUAGUAAAUCCUUCAAUUAUUGUUGGACUUGGUGAAGUAAAACAUUUGUAGAGUUUGGAUUCUUUCAUUUUCAGCACAAAGUGACUGUUGUGCUAACACUAAAUAAUAUGUUGGCGAUACUUUCCAAAUGGCUAGAAGUUGUUUAUUCAGAAGUGUCUGUCACUACUUUGUUGCCAAAACUCCAUUGAACCGCAACUUAUGACUAGUCUGUGAGAUCAGAUGCUAAAGUCAGUGAAAAGUAACCACUGCCACUGUACUGCGUUAGCAUUUUUAAAUACAGGAAAUACUCGAAUAGCCUGAUGUCAUGAGGCAUUCGUUAGAGUUUUGCAUGAGAUUCUAAUACUUCAGUAGGCCUCUAGUUGUUCAUCUACAAUGGUUACCAUAAAAAAAAAAAAAAAGGGCAGGAUUUUAAACUCAAUUAUUCCAUCCUUUCUUUGAGCUACUGAUUGAAAAAGAGAAAAAGAAGAAAGAAUAUUAAGUCUGUGCCAAUCACUUGGCUAGAAAAUUAUGAAUGACUGGUAGUAGGCUCAGGUUUUUGAACUAUUUCUUACCUAAAUUCUUUCAGAGUAAUAAUUUUUGUUACUGAUUAUAAAAGACAGAGUUAAUAACAUUUGCCAUUCAAAACUGCAGUGACCAUGGUCUUCAUAAAGCAAACCCAGAAAAGAGUAGGAUUUAAAUCUCCCAUAUCACCAGUCUUGUUUGUAUUGCAAAUAUAUAAUAUUAAGAAAUAUUUUGUCUUAUUUAUAGAUUAUAUGGGGAAAACAGAUUCUGUAAUAAAGCCACCAGAAUUGUCAUCCAGCUGCAGCAGCUCUUGGGAGGGGCCAGCAGCAGGUUCUGCAGGGUAACCUGAGUGUGUGCUGCCCCGACUGGGCCCUGGGCCCGCUGCCGCCUGCGUGCAGGGUGUGUUCAGGGCUCUUGAGAGCAAUAGAAACGACAGGCUGCUGGCUGUUGGAGGAUGGUGCGGAUUUAGGGAGGAGUUGACUUCUUUGAAGUAACAUAUUUCAGAGGCCAAAAAUAAAGGUGCCUGAAAUCCUGCUAUUGAAA